UAUUCUUUGAUUUUAAUUUGGCACAAGAGAGUGACAAAUAAAAAAAUCCACACAAUAAGAAUCAUGAGAUCUGCUACUCUUUUCCUGGUUUCUUGUAUUCUCAUGUCUUUCGUUCUGAACCAAGUCAAAGAAGUGGAGGGCGGAGUGAAUCCAAUGGGUAACCUAUGUGACCGAAAAGAUAUAUUUGUCGGAGGAUGCGGCUCCAACGGAAGCAAGACUUGCAUAAACGACUUUGUUAAGAAAGGAGGCGAAAGCAACAAGCCUGCAAGUUGCGAGUGUGAUAACUUUGGCGAAGAACAUUUAUGCCGGUGUAAAUUUGCUUGCUAGUUUUAUGUUAUAGCCUUAUAGGUUAUGCAAACAAAAUUUUACAGUAAUAAAUAAUAGAGAAUAAGAUGGACGAGAUUUGUUUUAUUGCUGUGUGUCUCUUAAACCGUUUUGGACGCUGGAGAAAACGUGAAGAACAAAAGAGUCCCAAAACUUAUUUAGACCUUAAAGCCUCGUUUCCUUAAGACUCUGAACAGC